AUGGAAGCCGAUCGGAAUGCAACGUUUGAUUUCGCGGUUAUGUUCGUUCCAGUUCUUUUAAUACUCGCUAUGUUCUUGACGAUGUUCUACAGGCUUAGGGCAAGAUGGCCUAUGAAGGUAAAUUGCUGGUUUUGCAAUGAGAACACGAAGGUCUGGAGACAGCAUCUGAACUGGUGGUUGUGUCCUUGGUGUGAACAGUACAACGGCUUUUCCAAGAAUGGCGAUUAUGCGUAUGAUAUUCCAGAGCAGUAUGUAACAUCAAAAAGACAUACAAGAUAUUGCAGACUGUCCGAAGACGGUGACAGCCGUCACGUUUUCAAAGAUAAUCUCUGUGCAUGCUGUAACAAGCGGGAAGAUCUAAAGUUAUCAGAACUGGCCAAUUUUGAACCCAAGAGUGAAAAGCUCUUUAACACCGAACUGAAAAUAUUUAAGGAAUACCUAGAAGCGAGGUAUCCACUGUGCGACAGCUGCAAAUUGACAGUGAGAGAUAUACUGCGCAGGCAGGCGGUGUGGCUAACUCAUUAUAAGAUGCUGUUCUUCAGGCAGAAACCGUUUAAGACGCUUAUCAGUGAUGCAAAAAAAUCGGAAACUGUCUUCCGAGUUAUCUCGACGAUUCUGAUCUCAAUGGUCAUGUACAACCACGACUUUAUUUGGCUGCCAAUCAGUGGACUGUUUUUUCACUUGUGCGCUUGUUGGUCGAGCUCGAUGAGAAAAAAGAGUUCCGAUAUAUUGUUGAUAUUUUUAUGGUCCUGUGUCACUAUUCUCGUGUCCAUAAAGGAUUUGACGACUCUUCAAAAUGCCUGGCUUACAACAGAAUACAUCGUGCAAUAUCGCAUGGUAGCGGCUUGCGCAUUUAUUACAGUAUUGGUGAGCCUAAGAUUCAGCUUGUAUAAAACUACUUCGAUCGGUUCGGUGGUAUUUAAGAAGAUCAAGUUGCGCUCACGAGAUGUUAUUUUGUCUCAGCUCGAAUAUAACAGUCAAAACAGAAACAAUACCGUUCCAAGCGAAACGAAUGGCUGUAUUAAACCGUCAGUCUAUGCGACGAGCGAAUUAUCUUCCACUGAAAUCAAAUUCAGCAAAUCACAUUCAGCAAUAUUGAGACAGAAGCUGUCUACGAUCACAAACGACGGUACCAAUGGUUACCUAAGUUCCGUCUCUCAGAAUGAUAGUCCACUGGAUACUUGCUUGAACGACAGCCUGAGCUCCCUUUUCCUGAACGAAGAUCUUCCAAAAUACGACAGGAUCACGAAAACGGCGCCAGCGAUUUUCGAGCGAAGAGUGUACAACGCGACGAGCUCCGAGAAUCUCUUCAGGAAAUCCGGUAGCAAGCAUAGAUGCAUUUUAUCGCCACCGAAGCUCAGAUCGGUGACGCAGACCUCGUGGGUAGCGGGUGGUUACUGGCAGGAGGGUAUGAUGACCGCCACGCUGCCGACGCUCUCGCGCUCGUCCAGUCAAAGCUCGGGCUUUGGAUCAGUCGGCUCCUCCAAUCUCGCGCCUUCCCGUGAGCCGUCCGUGCACGAGCUCGACCGGUGCUCCUCCGCUGCGUCGGAGAUCUGGCGAUGGUCGUGCCAGACGCCACGGCCAGGUCCCCACGUCACCAGGCACGACUCGCCGGUGCCCCGGCCGCAGUCGCGGUAUUCCGAUGUGACGGGUAGUCACUCGCGAGCGGUGCCGUCGCCGACAGUCCGCGCGAUGUUCAACGCGGAUGAUCACGUCCAGGAGAGCUGCGUGCGCGGUUCGGACAUUGGAGAUGUCCAGAAUGGCUCGGUGCCGACAUACGCUGGUCAUCACACGACGAUCGUCGCGAGCCCUGGCUGGCUUUCUGCGCUGCUCUGCGGCUCGCUGAUACUGAAUAUGAUAGUGCUGUGCACUACGCUGUUACGUUAAUGUCGCGACGACCACCACUCAGGGUCGUUCACUGUGUUCACGCAGUAAUUUUUAUCAAUCGCCACGGCUAUUUAUAUGAUCGCUAGCGUUAAUUGAGUACUCGGCGAGUCUGAUCGUUCCGACCAAGAG